UUUUUUUUUUUUAAAAUUUUAAAAUAAAAAAAAAGUACGUUCUUACUCGGCGGGGGAUGGCGAUUGGGUGGACUUUCAGUACCUCUUUCUUUGAAAUUCUACGCUUUCACAACUUCUCCAUUUUCUUCUUUGGUUGGGCAUAUGCUGGAGAAGCUGAAGAAUGGGCGGGAUUUGUUCGAGGAGCGGUGUCAGAGAUGGUGGAGUUGGAAAUGCCUAUGGGGGUGGUGAUUUCAACAAUAAUUAUCAGACCAAGGCUGUUCCUGAAAAUAGCUUGAUGAAUCCACCUCAAGUGACGGAAAUCAUGGAGAAGAGAAUCGAAGAACCCACCGAUGAUUUCUACGAUGGAAUUCCCCGUCUUACAAGGGGCAUGUCUCAGAAAUCUAGGUCAGUUAGGUCCACCCAGGCUGCUGUUGCUAAGGUUUCAGAGGUGGGUUCACGUUUAGGCAAAGCUGGUUCAGUUGGACUUGGAAAAGCAGUGGAGGUAUUGGAUACUCUAGGAAGUAGCAUGACAAGUUUAAAUCCUAGCGCAGGGUUUGCUUCUGGAGUGGCAACUAAAGGCAAUGAACUCUCAAUAUUAGCCUUUGAGGUAGCAAACACGAUUGUGAAGGGUUCAAAUCUUAUGCAAUCCCUUUCUAGAAGAAACGUAAGGCAUUUAAAAGAAGUAGUACUUGCCUCUAAUGGUGUUCAAAAUUUAAUAUCUAAAGAUAUGGAUGAACUCUUAAGAAUUGUCGCAGUUGACAAAAGGGAAGAAUUGAAAAUUUUUUCAGGAGAAGUAGUUCGUUUUGGAAACCGUUCAAAGGAUCGUCAAUGGCAUAGCUUGGAACGUUAUUUUGAGAAAAUCAGCAGAGAACUUUCUCCUCAGAAACAACUGAAGGAAGAAGCAGAAUUACUGGUGGAGCAAUUGAUGAUUUCAGUUCAAUAUACCGCUGAACUAUACCAGGAAUUACAGAUUCUGGACAAAUUUGAGCAAGAUUACUUGCGUAAGCGUCAAGAGGAAGAUAAUUCUGCUGGCACUCAGAAAGGUGACAGCCUUGCUAUCUUGAAGGCUGAUCUGAAAAGCCAAAGAAAGCAAGUAAGAAAUUUAAAGAAAAAGUCACUUUGGUCCAGAAGUUUGGAAGAGGUCAUGGAGAAACUUGUUGAUAUUGUCCAUUACUUAAUCUUGGAGAUCCAUUGUGCCUUUGGUAGUAAUGAGUAUCAAAAAUCACCUGAAGGAUCUGAGAGCGGUCACCAAAGAUUGGGGCCUGCUGGCCUUGCUUUGCACUAUGCAAAUAUAAUUAUGCAAGUUGAUACUCUUGUUGCUCGAUCAAGUUCUAUCCCUGCAAAUACAAGGGAGGCAUUAUACCAGAACUUGCCACCCUCCAUAAAAUCAGCUCUACGCCCGAAAGUACGAUCUUUUCAUGUCAAAGCAGAGCUUACUGUUACAGAAGUCAAAGAUGAGAUGGAGAAGACAUUGCAGUGGCUUGUUCCACUUGCCGCUAACACAACCAAAGCCCAUCAUGGUUUUGGUUGGGUUGGGGAAUGGGCAAAUACAGGUCCUGAGCUCAACAAGAAGCCUUCAACUGGACCAGCAGAUGUAAUUCGGAUUGAGACACUUCACCAUGCCGAUAAAGAGAAAACUGAAACCUAUAUUCUUGAGCAACUAUUGUGGCUCCAUUAUUUGGUCAACAAAUCGAAGUCAAGUGUCGCUCUUGGCUUGAAUACAUCUACCAAAACCCAAGUUACACCUAGAGAGAAGAAUAAGCCACCCAAACCUGAAUCUCCCACUGCUCAAACUCCAGAAGAAGAGAAGUUGUUGCAGGAUUUAACUAUGAAAGUAGGAAUCCAGGGGAUUAGCCGAAGUCUGGAUUUUGACUGUGAGAGGAGAAGAUUGAGAAAGCAUGAUUGCCUAAGCAAGAGUACCGGCCACUCUCCUCCAAGAGUAAGCAAGGAAAAGGGGUUGACAAAAAGGCUUCCUUCUGGAGUUCCCAUCAUAGCUUAUGGCAUGUACAAAGAGAAAGCAUUGGAUGUUAUCGAUAGAGUCGACAGUCUCAGCUAAUUCAUUGAAUGACUAGAGUACGGAAGAGAAUACUGAUGACAUGAGCAGUGAGGUACUGGCAUAUAAAUAAUUUAGUUUCUGCAGUUAGUAGCAUAAAAGAGGUGUUCUGCUGAUGCUACACUGCGAAUAGCAUUCCAAAAUUUUGGCCGAAUCCAUCAAUCUUUACAUUUGUUUGGCUAAUCCGGUCCUCUUACUCAGGCUGCUAUUGUCAAAGAGUAUCUGCAGGGCAAAGAGGGGGGGUGAUGCUGCAAUGGCUUUUGACUUCCUGUACAGAUUACAGAUUGUUAGGUCAGUUUUAUCUUUUGGUAGAGAUAUUAGUAUUACACAACCUAACCUCUUUUGUUUCUUCAAAGGUGCCCCUUGUGUUGUUCCUUUAGACUUGGGUAAAUAAUCAGCCAUCUCUCUACACCUAUGCCAACUUGAUUAUCCAUAGAAUUAUAUAUACCUCAUAUGUGUAAUUUAUGGAUUUAAAUUAUUAAGUAUUUUCUAUAAUAUAUAUAUAUAUUUCGUAGGUGAUUUAAAUUA